AUCAGCGCGAGGGGGCGGGGCCGGCGCGGCGCCGUUACCGCCCGGGAAAGGGGAGGAGGCGCCGCCAUCAUGAGCUACGGGUACGGAGAUUGGAAUUCGGGCUCGAGCAGAGGGUUCGAGGGCUAUGGCUACGGCUACGGCUACGGCCCGGAGGGCUCCGGGGCCUUGGGCCUGGGCGGCGCCGGCGGCGGCGGCUCCUGGGAGCCGGGCAGCUCCGAGCCCGACGGCGCCCCCGGGGGCGGCAGCGGCGCCGGGAAGCAGCGGCAGGAGCCGGGAGCCGGGAUGGAGCACGAGGGGCUGCAGGCACGGGGCUACGGCAGCGCCCCCGACAGGUACGAUCCCUACGAAUCCUACGGCGACUCGCGGCUGAACGACCACCGGGAUCUGUACCGGGCCGCCUUCGACUACCCCGGCGAUUAUCCCAACGAUUAUCCCGGCGAUUAUCCCAACGAUUAUCCCGGGGAUUAUCCCAAUGAUUAUUCCAACGAUUACCCUGAUUAUCCCAACAAUUACCCCAACAAUUAUCCCAACGAUUACCCCAACGAUUACCCCAACGAUUACCCCAACGAUUACCCCAACGAUUACCCCGAUUAUCCCAACGAAUCCGAGCCCGACGCCAGCGAGUUCUACGGGCGCCCUCCCCCUCGGGAGCAGCACUUCCCGGGCGGAUUCCGGGCGGGCUGGGCGGGCCGGGAGCGGGGCCCGUGCCCGGGCGUGCCCUGGCGGGGGGGCUGGGCCGAGCCCCGCGGCCCCGCCCGGCGCCUCCCGUCGCUGCUCUCGGCCCGCAUCCUGCCCGAGCCCGGCGCCGCCCGCGGCCCCAAGAGGCUCCGCCGGCCCUGGAGGCUCUGGGACGCCGACUGCAGGCCCCAGCGCAAGCGGCCCCGCCGGGACUCUCUGGGGCGGCGGCGGCCGCAGCCGGGCGGCUCCGAGGAGAGGAACGCGCGCACCGACGGCUCCGACAACUCCAGCUCCGACAACGAGGAAGGCACGGAGGGAGAAUCCGGAGAAAAGGAAGAAUCCAGAGGGGAAGGGGAGGAUGAAGAGGGAAGAGAUUCGGAGAAAGGAGCCCUGAGCACUCCAGAGGAGAAUUCCCAGAUUUCCCAGCUGAGGCAGAAGCUCCAGCCCGGCAGGAAAUGCCAGGAGCGGCAGAAGAAGCGGCACCGGGACCGGAUGGUCGAGAGGAUCCAGUUCGUGUGCUCUCUCUGCAAGUUCCGGACGUUCUUCGAGGACGAGAUCCGGCAGCACCUGGAGAGCAAAUUCCACCGCGAGCACUUCCAGUUCGUGGGCACCAGGCUGCCCCAGCAGACGGCCAGCUUCCUGCAGGAGUACGUGGCCAACAAGACGCGGAAGACGGAGGAGCGGCGCCGCGGGAUCCGCGACAUCAACGCCGUCAUCCAGCAGAUCCAGAGGGAGCAGGACCUGACCCAGGAGGUGGGCCUGGAGCACUUCCUGCGGAAGGUGGAGGCCGCUCACUGCUCCGCCUGCGACCUCCUGAUCCCGAUGCACUUUGGCUCCAUCCAGAAACACCUGAGAUCCCUGGAUCACAACCACAACCGCCGGGCCAUGCUGGAGCAGUCCAAGAGAGCCUCGCUGGUGGUGGCCCGGAGCAUCCUCAACAACAAACUCAUCAGCAAGAAGCUGGAAAAGUUCCUCAAGGGGGAAAAUCCCUUCACGGACGACGCCGAGGAAAAGGAGGAGCACGAGGAAGGAGCAGGGGAGGAAAAUCCGGAAAAUUCCACAGAAAAAAACCCAAAUCCUGAAGAAAAUCUGGAAAAUUUGGAAGAAAAUCCGGAAAACCCCCAAGAAAAUCUGGAAAAUCCCACGGAAAAUCCAGAAAAUUCCACGGAAAAUCCAGAAAAUUCCAUGGGAAAUCCGGAGAAUCCCACGAAAAAUCCGGAAAAUUCCACGGAAAAUCCCCCAAAUCCUGAGGAAAAUGUGAAAAAUUCCACGGAAAAUCCGGAAAAUUCCACGGAAAAUCCGGAAAAUUCCACAAAAAAUCCCCCAAAUCCUGAGGAGAACGUGAAGAAUUCCACAGAAAAUCCGGAAAAUCCCACGGGAAUUCCCCCAAAUGGGGAGGAUUCUGAGGAAAAUCCGGAAAAUUUGGGGGAAAAUCUGGAAAAUCCUGAGGGAAUUGCGGCAGCCAAAAAGCAACAAAAGGGACCAGGGGCAAAUCCAGAGGGGGAAAAUUCCCCAAAAAAUUCCCCCAAAAAUUCCCCAAAAAAUUCCCCAAAUAAUUCCCCGAAUUCUGAGGAGCUCCCGGAGCAGCAGGAGGGAGAGGAAAGUUCUGGAAUGUUCCAGGAGUGAAUUCCUGGAGGGAAAAGGACCUGGAAGUGUCCCUGGCUGGGCCCGGCCCCAAAUCCUGGAAUUUCCUGGGAGGUUUUUUGGGAAUUCCUGAAAAAAAUGGGAAUUUUGUGGAAGUUUUGGGGGGAAUUCCUGGGGAAAAAUGGGAAUUUUGGGGGAUUUUUUGGGAAUUCCUGGGAAAAAAAGGGAAUUUUUGGAGAUAUUUUGGGAAUUCCUGGGGAAAAAAGGGAAUUUUUGGGGAUUUUUUGGGAAAUCCUGGGGAAAAAAGGGAAUUUUUGGGGAUUUUUUGGGAAUUCCUGGGGGAAAAAAGGGAAUUUUUGGGGAUUUUUUGGGAAUUCCUGGGGAAAAAAGGGAAUUUUUGGGGAUUUUUUGGGGAUUCCUGGGAAAAAAAGGGAAUUUUUGGGGAUUUUUUGGGAAUUCCUGGGGAAAAAAGGGAAUUUUGGGGGAUUUUUUGGGAAUUCCUGGGGAAAAAAGGGAAUUUUUGGGGGAUUUUUUGGGAAUUCCUGGGAAAAAAUGGGAAUUUUUGGGGAUUUUUUUGGGAAUUCCUGGGGAAAAUGGGAAUUUUUGGGGAUUUUUUGGGAAUUCCUGGGGAAAAAUGGGAAUUUUUGGGGAUUUUUUGGGAAUUCCUGAAAAAAAUGGGAAUUUUGUGGAGGUUUUGGGGGGAAUUCCUGGGGAAAAAUGGGAAUUUUUGGGGAUUUUUUGGGAAUUCCUGGGAAAAAAAGGGAAUUUUGGGGGAUUUUUUGGGAAUUCCUGGGAAAAAAAGGGAAUUUUUGGGGAUUUUUUGGGAAUUCUCAGGGUAAAAUGGGAAUUUUCUUGGGGUUUUGGGGAAUUCUGGUGAAAAAAAAGAAUUUCCAUGGAUUUUUUUGGGAAUUCCCAAGGAAAAAAGAGAAUCCCUUUGGAUUUUUUGGGAAUUCUUGGGAAAAAAGGGAAUUUCCUUGGAGUUUUUGGGAAUUUCCUUGGAGUUUUUGGGAAUCCUGGAGAAAAGGAGGGAAUGCAGUUGGAUUUUUCUUCCCCUGGAAAUUCCCAGCAAGAGGAGGAAAUUUCCUUGGGGUUUUUUUUGGGAAUUCCCAGGGAAAAGUGGAAAUUUCUUGAAUUUUGGGAGGGAAUUCCCAGAAAAAAAAAAAAAAAAGAAGGAAUUCUUUCCAGUUUUUGGGGAAUUUUUUCUCCCAGCUCUCCCAGAGUUUGGCUGUGAUGAUGUUCUUGGAUUCCCAGCUGGAUUUGUGGGAAUUCCCAGUUGGGAUUUUUGGGAAUUUCCAGUUGGGAUUUUUGGGAAUUUCCAGGUGAAUUUGGGAAUUUCCAGUUGGGAUUUUUGGGAAUUUCCAGCUGGGAUUUGUGGGAAUUUCCAGUUGGGAUUUUUGGGAAUUUCCAGUUGGGAUUUUUGGGAAUUUCCAGUUGGGAUUUUUGGGAAUUUCCAGGUGAAUUUGGGAAUUUCCAGCUGGGAUUUUUGGGAAUUUCCAGCUGGGAUUUAUGGGAAUUUCCAGUUGGGAUUUAUGGGAAUUUCCAGUUGGGAUUUGUGGGAAUUUCCAGUUGGGAUUUUUGGGAAAUUCCAGGUGGGAUUUGUGGGAAUUUCCAGGUGAAUUUGGGAAUUUCCAGGUGAAUUUGGGAAUUCCCAGCUGGGAUUUGUGGGAAAUUCCCAGGUGGGAUUUUUGGGAAAUUCCCAGCUGGGAUUUGAGGGAAUUCCCAGUUGGGAUUUUUGGGAAUUCCCAGCUGGGAUUUGUGGGGAAUUUCCAGGUGAAUUUGGGAAUUUCCAGUUGGGAUUUUUGGGGAUUUCCAGCUGGGAUUUGUGGGAAUUUCCAGGUGGGAUUUGUGGGAAUUUCCAGUUGGGAUUUUUGGGAAUUUCCAGGUGAAUUUGGGAAUUCCCAGCUGGGAUUUGUGGGAAAUUCCCAGUUGGGAUUUGUGGGAAUUCCCAGUUGGAUUUGUGGGGAAUUUCCAGGUGAAUUUGGGAAUUUCCAGUUGGGAUUUAUGGGAAUUUCCAGUUGGGAUUUGUGGGGAAUUUCCAGUUGGGAUUUGUGGGGAAUUUCCACUGUGAAUUUUUGGGAAUUUCCAGGUAACUUUGGGAAUUCCCACUGUGAAUUUUUGGGAAUUCCCAGCUGGGAUUUGUGGGAAUUUUCCCCCCUUUUCCCCUCAGGACUGGGGAUUUCCCCAGGUGUGCCGAGGCUGGGAUUUCUCCCCAGGAUUUUCCAGGAUUUCCGUGGCUGUGGCUCCCUGUUCCCGACCUUUCCCCGCUGCUCUCCCGUCGGUUUUGCCCAUUUCUGUCCAUUUUUGCCCAUUUCUUCCCAUUUCUGUCCAUUUUUGCCCAUUUUUGCCCAUUUUUGCCCAUUUCUGUCCAUUUUUGCCCCAUUUUUGUCCAUUUUUGCCCAUUUUUGUCCAAUUUUUGCCCCGUUUUUGCCCGUUUUUGCCCCAUUUUCCCACUGUUUGUCCCUCCCCUCGGAGCGUUCGGUGCCGUUGUGUCCGUUGUGAACGGGAAGAAAAACUUCCCGAGGUUUCUGUGGAUUUUAAAGGACUCCAGCUCAGCUGA